AUGGCUAUCAUAACACUCUACACAUUAUACAACUACCUGCAACGCUCCUUAAAACUAAACUAUUCUACUACUUCCUUUGCAACUCUGCUACUCCAAGCACACCGAAAACUCAUUUUUUUUCAACAGCAAGAUCAACAACACAAUGCGAGCAAAUCAAAGCGGCCUGCUGUAACAUUGGCUUCUGUCAGCACCAGUAAAUCGUCUACCAAAGAAGAUCGCCUUUAUAUUCUAUAUCCUGCAAGAACUCCAAAACUGACCACUGAUCUGUUCUUCUCCUCCCCCAAAGACAUUAUCGAGCAAAAGCAACAGCAAAUCGAAUCCAUCAAGCAGCAAUCGCAAUCAGGUCCCAUCACUCCUCACUACAAAGCGCCCAGAGAGCCCAUUGUGCUAUGCCAUGGAUUAUUUGGCUUUGAUAUUCGAGGACCACAAAACAUUCCUGCAUUGCAAUUUCACUAUUGGAGUGGUGUGGAGGACACACUAGCUAAAUUGGGAGCCAAGAUUAUAGUGACCAAAGUGCCACAAGCGGGCAGCAUAUGGGAGCGAUCACAUGCAUUGCAUACAAUCCUGAAAUCCAUCUUGGUUGGAAAGAAUGUCAAUUUUGUUGCGCAUUCAAUGGGUGGCCUUGAUUGUCGCCAUUUACUCGCCAACAUCCAUGACCGACCCUAUCAAGUACAAUCACUGACCACUAUUUGCACGCCUCAUCGUGGAUCGCCUGUCAUGGAUUGGUUUCGAGAUCAGUUUGGUGUGGGUCAGUCGCAAGUACCAAUGCACACAACAGAUGGUCAGCAAUGGUCCCCAGCCACUACCACCAUGUCGCCUAUGAGCAACACACAACGUGAAAGCAGCGCUGAAUGCCUCUCUGCAUCAUCUGCAUUGAAAUGGAGCUCCAGACUACCCACAAGCCUCAAGCUGGAUAAACUCUUGGUAGAUUGGUUUGACGAACCCGCCUAUGCUCAUCUUACAACUGAUUUCUGCAAGGAAUACUUCAAUCCCAACACACCUGAUGAUCCCAAUGUCAAGUAUUACUCGUACGGUGCUGCAGCCAAGUUUCCCGCUUGGUCGUCUCUGUUGGGUAUUCCAGGACAAAUGGUGCAAGAAAAGGAAGGAGACAACGAUGGCAUUGUCAGCGUUCAAAGUGCUAAAUGGGGUACCUAUGUCAAGACAAUUCAAGCCGACCAUUGGGACCUCAGUGGCAAAAGUCAUAUUCCCUACCGCUUCAGAACUCCUAAACCUGAGAAUGGCCAAGAAUUUGAUCGUCUUGAAUUUUAUGCUGAAUUGGCAAGUCAUCUAUAUAACCAAGGCCAUUAA